CAGUCCCAGACCAGAUCAGACCAGACUUUAACAAACCAGAACAGAUCAGAACAAACUUAAACAGACCAGAUCAGAGCAGAGCAGACUUGAACAGAUCAGACCAGACUAGACUUGACUUCCAUGAUUAUAAAACACACAGAGACCAAACGUUUACUAGACCAGACCAGUUUAGACCGGAUCAGAUCAGACCAGACUUAAACAGACCAGACCAGACCAGACUUAAACAAACCAAACCAGACCAGACCAGAACAGUAUAUUACAGUCCAAGUAAAACAUUUUAUUUUGUAAUAAAGUUUGAGAAAAAUAUAUCUAUGACAAAUUAACAUAUAAUGACCUCGUGACCUUACAUACAUUAUUUUUUCUUUUAUUUUUUACUAAAGGUGACAUUAUUGCGUGUGUGGAGUUUUCCUUAAGUGGUGCCAUAUUGAUUUCUUAUCAAUUUCAUUGUGACUAGCAUCUUGCGUAAAUGUUUUAUAACGAAAUAAAUAAGUGUGAAAAUUGGACACUAUUUUAAAAAAACUACAUUACAUAUAAAUAUUAUUGAUUUAUGAAAAAACGACAUCAAUCGAUAGUUCGAUACUAACCACACUACCUCAAAAUUUUUAAUUUAAUUUUAGUUUUUUCAAAGGAAACAUUUACUUACUAAUUAAGAAGUACAAAAUAUACCAGCCAAACUUUUAGGUAAAAUAUACGGUACACCCGGCUGUACCGUGUGAGUUGGUACAACCAGGUAAUUUUGUAAUUAGUCGUAAAAGGGAGGCUACUAAUUUAGGGAGAAGGGUAUUUGCUUUCUUUAUUUUCUUUCCGUUGCUCCUUCCUCUUCCGAUUUGCUCUUCCCACUUGCUCUUUCGUUUUUUUUUCAUUUCUUUACAUUUUUUCUAUUCAGCUCCACUUAUCAUUUGUUUGUAGCUUCUUCUUCUUGUUUUCUCUUUCUUUUUGGUUUGCUUCUCCUUUUUCUCUUCUUUUAAUUUUGAAACUUUGAAGGCCUGUUUACUAACAGAGAUAUUUUCCAGUUUUCCAGAAAACUAGAAAAUUAGAAAACAGAAAAUAGGAAACAUGUUUUUCAAAGAAAAUUUCUGGAAAAUUGGAGAAAGGAAAACAGAAAAACGUGUUUACCAAAUCGUUUUCCAAAACGAAAAAAAUGAGACAUGUCUCUAUUUUAAACAUAAAUCACUGUUUAAAACGCGUUUACCAAACCGUAGUUCAUGAUAUUAUUAAUGAUAAUUCAGUACAUAGUUGUGACAAAUAAUACGUAACCUUAUCUAUUUUGAAUGAUGACAAAUGUUUAUAAUUGACAUUUUAUAGGCACUUUUUGACUUUGAAAUCCUUUUAUGACACCUUAUGUCUUUAUCACAAAUACUUUGCCAUGACUAACUAAGUAACUUAUUUAUGACAACUUUGGUGUCACCACUUUUAUGAGGAUAUGUGAACCGUCACUAAGAGUUAUAUUUUAUCGACAAUUUAGGAUUCGUCAUUUUUUAUCACUAGUAUAGAUGAUGAAAUUCAGAAUUAUAUGACAAAAUUAUUGAUAUAAAAGUGACAAAUUCAUCGUCACUAAAAUGAUAAUAAUGGUGACAAAGAACAAAAGUGUCACCAAAAAAUGAUUAUAUAGUGAGGAAUCCCAAUAUUGUCAUGUAUACCUUUUGCCACGGAGCUACGGUGACGAACAUUGUGACACAAAUUAAUUGUCAUAUAAGAGAUUUUUAGUGACAAAAAUUGAAGUUUUUAUGACAAUUUUUUUCGUCAUAUUUUAUCAUAUUUCUUGUAGUGUAUAAUUGGUUAAAGGCUCAAGGGCAAAGGACUAAACCCUUAACCCUUGCGCCUUCUUGCUUCUAAAUUUGCUAGAGUUUUUGGAGUACUGUUGUUAUUGUUGUACAAGUUCGAGAUAUAGAAGUUCGUUCGAGUUUGUAGAACAACCCGUCUCGAUACCUGUACUAGCCUUUUUAAACCUUGGCUCCAUUGUUAAUCAUAGGGGUGAGCAUGGGACGGGACGGUACGGUACAGUUAUUUCAAAAAACCUGUCUCGUCCCAAAGUACGGUUCUUUUAAAAAUCAAGAACCGGUAUCGUCCCGCGUAUAUGUAGAACAUGUCCUGUUCCGUACCAAUUUUCAGUACGGUUCGGUACGGUUCUUAAAUAACUAAAUAGCCGUCAUGAAAUAUAAAAAACUUUAGAUUUUAACAUUUAUAAAUAACUCUACAAAAAUUGAAGAGAUGAACUUGCAAGAUUAUAUUAAACUGAUAUUGUGUGAUCAAAUUGAAAUAUCUAUCUUUAUCUAAAAGCAAAAUGUUUUGGGGGAUACGACUCCCGCUCAAAAAGGUCGUUGUCAUUGUUUUGAGAAUUGACCUCACAAAUCCAAUUUUGGCGUCGGUUUAGUGUCUUGCGUGUGAUGUAGUUGCCACCCACUAUUUGGCUUUGAUUUACAUUUUCCACUUUCUUCAUUCAUGCUCUCUGGAUUUGUCAAUUUGGGAGGUGAAAAGAGUGCUUGGGGUGGUGGAUGUGACAUGUCAUGAAUGGGUGGGAUAGAAUGGAUUUGGACUUGGUCUUUCAAUGGCCACGUUCGGCCACCUCUCUCAAAUCACUGCUCAAAUUUGAAAUCUGUCAAACCCUCUCAUUUCAUAUUUCUGCGUCGAGUCAGUUUGUGUGGGGUCAGUCCCUGUUGGGAUUUCAUCUUGAUUUUCUUCUUAAUGCAUAGAGCAAUCUUUAUUGGUCCAAUUGGGAGGUGCAAAUAGUGUUUCAAAUGGGGGAUUUGACAUAUCAUGAAAUGAAUGGGAUUGUGGAUAGAUUUUUGGUCUUGGUUUUCCAAAAGCCAAGUUCGGUCAUAUUGGGAGAAUGGGGGUGCAAACACUGUUUAAAUUUGAAAUCAGACUAAAUAGUGUUCCCUCUAAUUUCCAAAUUUUAUUUGUACGUGGUAAGUGUGGGUGGGUUGGUUUCUAUCCUAAGUUCUAGGCCUAUAAAUAGAGGAUCAUUGAUAUUCAAGAUCCCCACAUCUAGCUCUUCCAAAGCAAACAAUAACUUAGGCAAUAAAUUUCAAGAUGAUUGGCAUGUGGUCCAUGUUUCGAGAAAUAGACCAGAGCAAGACCACAUGAGCGUUCAAAGCCAGGGCUAUUCGUGUUUACCAGGAGCCUGUGCAUGACUAUUUUCCGGAGUCGUUGGAGAUAGUUUUUCAUGAUGAGGAGGGGAAACGUCAUUGCAUGCACCCUUUGGGGACCGAUGGUAGAGAUGCUAUUGACAUACAAGCUAACAACAUCGGAUCCAAUCGUUAUGCUGCUCCAAUGUUGCCGGGCCAGGAAGUACCAAGGCCACGUUCGUGUCUCUAACAUGUUCAACACUACCAAGGUCAUUUUGAAUGGUACGGAGGAUGAAUUCAUGGAUUUCAGGUCUAGGAUGAAUGAGAGGGCAGUUCAAGGAUUGAGUUUCACUAUACAAUCAGACAACUCCAACGAUGAAGACAUUGCAAGUGGCCAGCAGGAGUUGUUGACGAUUGAUGAUCUUAGCAAACUACAAGAGGAUGGGAAGCACUGGGUUUACGGGGAAAUCACCGCCAUCGACAACUAUAAGGAUCGGUCUUACGUGUCUUGCAUCGGUUGUAACAGGAAGGUGCGUCUUGCAGUACUAAUGAUGCGGUUCUCAGGUCUAUAUUUUGUAUAUCACAGGGAAUUCUCCUGUUUGUUGGGCAAGUCCGCUGCUUCGCUCAAGGACCAAAUAACUAGAGUUUGUUUUAAUUCUAUUUCCAUCCUACCUACUUUCAUUCUAAGCUACACUAACACUUGAUAUUGAUGUAGAGGAACUUUGGUCUGCAUUACUUUCCAUCGGAGAUAAAUGCCUUGAUUGACAUCAAGGCGCUAUUUAGGGUUCAGUUCAAAAGAGAAAGCAGGAAUUUCAAGGGAAACCAAACUUUCAGUGUUCUUAAGAUGAACACUGAUCCAAAAGUACGUGCACUGUACAGAGAUACGAUAAAUGGAAAGGAGGAGGAGGACGAGUUCAGCAGGUUGGCUUCACAGCAUUCAUGGUCUGAAAAGGCUGGAUCUUCAUAGGCUACAGUGUCUAGCCCACUUAUGACAAAGGAGAAGAGGCAGGAUCUGGAGGUCGACGCUGAGAGGGUGAAUCGUGACCUAUUUGAAGAUUUUUCAGCGUCAACCUCAUCGAAGAAGCUCAAGGCAGUGAAGAUUGAAAAGGAGUAAAGAUAUUAAAUCGAGCGGUUUCGUUGGUUAAGUCCGAUUGUUAUAAAUGUUGUCUACUGCGGUGUUAACUGCUUAGUGUUUUGGAUCAAUUUCAUAUGUAAAGGACACAACAUCCACCCUAGCCUUGACUCAAGAGUUAUUUUCGUGUUGGGUACUUUUUUAUUUUUGGGAUGUUUUGGCCCUGGGAUGUAGUCUACAUCUGCACCGACCACCUAUGUCUUUUUAUUUGAAGAUACAUUCCAUGGAAUGAAUGUACUUCAAAGUGUGUAUCAGUAGCUGUAGGGUUCAGCCACUGCUGUCUAUUUAUUGAAGAUGC